CUAUUGCCCUCUCUUCCUCCAUACUUCUGCAAUUUUUUAAAUUACUUCCAGGUUCAUUGUCCAUCCCCUUUUUAUCUGGAGACUGGUGGUGAAAAGCGCGUGUUUGGCCUUUCUCGCCCACCCGUAACCGCUUUGCUUUAUCUCCCCAUCUCUCUCGACAACAUUUUUCAUCUCCCCGUCAAAUUCACCUCCGUCGAGUCGCAUCAUCUCGUGGAACUCCGGUCUUUCAGGACCCUUCCUUCUCUUUCGUGUUCCCCUCCGGAGAUUGAUCAAUUGCCCGUAAUGGCUGGAAUCAAUGGGAGUUUCGUCUCCCCUGCGGCCGAUGCCACGAUUGCCCCUUUGCUCUUUCAACCCGCGGGCUUGGUCGCGAGCGUUCUCAAUGGCAUGACCGUCUGGAAGGCUCUGUUGACUUUACUCGCUCUUGCCGUAGCCUACGACCAGUGCCGAUACAUCUAUCUCAAGGGCUCCAUCAUCGGUCCUGCAUGGAAACUACCAUUCAUGGGACCUUUCCUCCAAUCGGUCAACCCCAAAUUUCAUGAGUACAAGGCCAAAUGGGACAGCGGGGAUCUCAGCUGUGUAUCCGUCUUCCACAAGUUCGUCGUCAUCGCAGCCACCCGUGAUAUGUCGCGCAAGAUCUUCAACUCUCCUGGAUAUGUCAAGCCCUGUGUCGUUGACGCCGCUCAUAAGCUGCUCGGCAAGACCAACUGGGUGUUCUUGGAUGGCAAGGAGCACGUCGAGUUCCGCAAAGGUUUAAAUGGCCUUUUCACCCGCCAGGCUCUCUCCUUCUACCUCCCCCGCAUGGAGGAAGUUUACAACGACUACUACGCGCGCUUCCUCAAGAAAUCUGAGGAGAACAACUACACACCUACCCCAUGGAUGUCGGAGUUCCGUGAAUUGAUGUGCGCUGUUUCUUGCCGUACCUUUGUUGGCCACUACAUUACCGAGGAGGCUAUUCAGAAGAUCGCCGACGACUACUACAUGAUUACCGCAGCCCUGGAACUUGUCAACUUCCCUGUGAUCAUCCCUUACACCAAGACCUGGUACGGAAAGAAGGCUGCUGAUAUGGUUCUCGAAGAGUUCUCCAGAUGCGCCGCCAAAUGUAAAGCUCGUAUGGCUGCCGGUGGAGACAUCACCUGUAUCAUGGACGCAUGGGUCAAGGCUCAGCAGGACUCUGCCAGUUACAAGGCGAAGAUUGCCAAGGGCAUUAAGGUUGACGACUCCGAGAAACCCCCUAUGGCUCUUCGCGACUUUACCGACUACGAGAUUGCUCAGACCAUCUUUACCUUCCUGUUCGCCUCCCAAGAUGCCACCAGCGCAGCUAGCACCUGGCUGUUCCAACUCAUGGCUGAUCGUCCCGAGAUCCUUGAUAAAGUCCGCGAGGAGAAUCUGCGCCUUCGCAACGGAGAUGUCAAUGCGCCUUUGUCGAUGGAGCUGCUUGACAACAUGACUUACACUCGCGCCGUCGUCAAGGAGACUUUGCGCUACCGCCCUCCCGUUAUCAUGGUUCCUUACCUGUGCAAGAAGGAUUUCCCAAUCACCGACACCAUUACUGUCUCCAAGGGCUCCAUGAUUAUCCCCUCCGUGUGGCCUGCUACUCAUGAUGAAGAGGCUUACCCCAAUGCUGACUCCUUUGACCCUGACCGCUGGAUCACCGGAACCGCGGAGGAACAGUCCAAGAACUGGCUCGUGUUCGGAACCGGUCCCCACUACUGCCUUGGCCAAACCUAUGCCACUCUUAACUUGAUGGCCAUGAUUGGCAAGGCCAGUAUGGAAAUGGAUUGGGAGCAUACUCCUACUCCUGAAUCCGAAGAAAUCAAGGUGUUUGCCACCAUUUUCCCUCAGGAUGAUUGCCUUCUUGCCUUCCGUCCUCGUGCUUGAAUGCAUUGACAAAUGAUACGAGAUUUCAACUGCUCCACGCGGUUAAGUUCCAAAAGCAUAUUUCAUGAUCUUGAAGUCUCAUUCUACGUUCCAGACCUAGGGGGGUCACCUGCUUCACGCACCCUCGACAACGGAAUUGCUAUCCUGGAGAUGGAAUACCUGAAGGGUCUUUUUUUUUUUUUUUUUUUUUUUUUCCCUUUCCUCUUUUUCAUUUCCCCCC